GAACUUAUAUUAAUCUGUCAACCAUAUUGGCAGUAAUUGCACUUCUAACAGAUCGAUGAACCUAACACACUUGAAAACCUUUUAGACAGCAAAUUUAUCAAGUGGCUUUACUAAGCUUGUUAACAUAGCUAAAAACACAAUGGAUGACAUGGAACGGAAAGAAGAACACAUUGAUUUCACAACACUUGUUAAACAAAUUGAUUCAACAAUAGAUCCAGACUUAGUAAAACAAUUGAAACAAGUCGAAAUCAUGAAUAUAUUUUUGAAAUGCGAUAUAUUUGGAAAUGAAGAACUUAUUCCUGUUGGAAGUUGCAUAGAUGGUUCAAAAGUUACCGUGCCAAGCGAUAGUGGAGACAUUGACGUGUUAAUAGUUUCUAACCGGGUACUUUUAAAAGAAUCAUUGUUUGAUUACGACAAUGAAAAUCCUGCAUUUCUACAUAUCAGAGUUAAAGACGAACAUGAAAAAUACUUUAAAACAGUGAAAAAUCCGAUAGAAGGUGUUUACCUCCCAAUUUCUGUUCUUAAAGAACUUCGAGAAAGAUUGUUCUUUUUAUCUAAAGUGUGGCUAAAUACUGAAAUACAGGAAGGAAUGUCAAAUGAUGGAAAGUUCUUAAACGUUACAAGAACUUCAGCAGUGGGAAAAGAACAGAUGAAGUUAUAUCCAGCCGAACAGGAUGCUUUUGAGUUUAAGAAUAACAGAGAAACAUUAACAUUUGCAUUGAAAAGAAUAGAAAAAUUUGCCAAAUGUGCGCUUGAUGGAAUAAAGCAUCUAGCAAAAAAUGCUGAAGAAAUGGAUGAGGAAGAUAGACUAAGUGCGUUUGCGACCCACAACCAACCAGACUCAAAUGACCAUUACGAUACCUCUCUGUUAGAGAUGCUGCGCAAAUUUCUAGACAUGAGCGAAGGCAAAGAAUCCGAUGAUAGUAGUAUAAACAAUAAAACGAAUACGAAUGAAGAUCUGUACACAGAUGAUACUGCUGACGAAAAAUGUAAAGCCAUGCCAUGUAAAACACUUGACACAGAGGGAACUGAAAACGCAUCAGAUAAGAUUAUGACUGAAUUAUUGCGUGGCAGUGCGUACAAGAGCAAAUUAUCACAAGACUGCACAACGGCAGAAACGAAGCGUGAUAACUCUGUUUCGGAUUCUAAAUUAAACCACGAUCCUGAAUACAAAAACGCCAUUGAUUCAGAUUCCUUGGAAAAUUUCGUAAAAGAAAGUAGUAAAACAGAGGCAUGUACUCAAAAAGGAACAGCAAAAGAUGAGACCUCGUUUUCAAAAAUAAAGUCGACAGACUUUGUCCCAGCAUUUAAAUUUGAAGGAUGGCCACGGGUAGCAGAUGAGUGGCUGACUCGGCCGAGGAAAUGGCCUUCGAAAGUAACGCUAAAAUUGGUUCUCGAAUCAGGAUGUCAGGUUGUAGCGAAACGACCCUUAGUCGUGUAUAGUGAGCCAAUAGCCGAAGAAAGAGACCCGUACUUCAGACUGUCUUUUGCACUUUCUGAAAUAAUACUCGCACACAGCAUGAAAGAACAACAGCUGUUGUGUUGGCGGGUAUUAAAAGCCUACCAGAAAGCUUUUCUAGAGACAAGACCAAAAUGCCUUACAUCAUAUCGCUGGAAAAACGUCGUAUUUUGGGUAAGUGAAAAUUUGGACGAAUCAUUUUGGGAAGAUGAAAACAUCCUUUUAGCGGUGCUUAAAUGUUUAGACUUAAUGCAAAAUUGCCUUCAAAACCGAAACCUACCAUUUUACUUCGUCAGAAAAAUGAACCUAUUCAAUGGAUGUGACUAUGCAUUAUUUGACAGCUUGAUAAGACAAGUUGAAGCGAUUCGGAGAAAGCCGUUAGUAUUUUUGGAAAGAUUCUUAGCAGAACCGCCGAACUCUGAAACACAUUUUCUAGAUAUUGGUGAGAUUGAGGGCAUGCUAAGCCAAGAAGCAAAGGCGCAGAACAAGGACAGACUUUCAGAGGAAAUAGUAAACGGUUUUAUAAAUCAUUUUCCAGCUUUUUGCAAAGGUGAUGAUCAAGGUGAAGCAAACAAACAAAUGUUUCAUAAAACUGCUACGCACUUGCUGAAGACGGCUAGGUCUGAAAUAGGGAAGAGGACGUCACACGUUUUUAAAGACGCCCAGAAUUCAAAGAGUUUGCAAGAGGAAAUUAUAGACGGAUUUGAAAAAAUCACAAACUCGAUGAAAACCGGAGAUGAAGAAGAAUUAUUUAAGACUUUUGAUAACGUAUUUAAGUCGGUAGCUCAUGACAGAGAGUUGAACUACGAAAACAGUGCAGAUUCCGAAAGUGCUUCUAAACAAAGUCUUGCAAAUAUUUUCAGCACUGCUGUGGCAGGGAAGCAGAAAAUCGACGGGUCAGGACAUUCAAACAAGGCUGUAAAUGAAGCUUCACAGAAAAUAGGAGAGGUAAAAGACAGGGAAGACAAAAAAGAGAAGAAACUGGAAAUGGAUAUAGAUCUUGAUUAAUACAUUUACUAUCUUACAUUGACAGAUACCUUACGUAAAGCCAAAGAAUAAGAAUAUACUAUCUUCUAAAAAAUUUAGACUAUGUACAUGAGCAUAUUCAAUUUACAUGUAUAAUCGCCUUGACGGAAGUUUAUUUUAUGCCAAAGGCGAUAUGAAUUUUCUGGUUACAAGGAUAAAACAUAAAACACUGAGUGAUUAGACAUAAUUCAAAACUUUAACGCUGGUCCGAUUAAAAAUUGCACGAGUUUUAUUGUGGUAUAGAAAGUAGACAUUAAGUUUUAGCUCCAAUUCUUGACAUUGAAAGAACGACAUGCAUGAAGGAAACGUAAGUGCAACAAAUCUUAAUUCAAUAUCAAGAUAACAUUUGAAUAUAUACAUAGUAACAAUGUAUUUAAUAGUAAUGUUACUGAUUCAUACAAUAAAAAUAAUAUGUG